AUGUAUUAUGUAAAUAAACAAAUAAUUAAAACAUUUGAACAUUUAUUUAAUUCAUAUUGUAAAUAUAAUUCAAUUCAUAAUUUAAUAUCAUCACCAAGAAAAUCUCGUAUUUUAUAUCGAAUUAAUCAAGAAAAACUUAUGAAAUAUUAUUCUCAAUAUAAUUCAAAAUGUAAUAAUGAACAUUUUAUAUCGAAUGAAAAUACAAAUUUUUCUAUUGAAGAAAAAAAAGAAAAACCUAUGAUACCAACAAUAAAAAUUUUAUCAAAAAAAAUCAUUAAUCAAAAGACAAUAAGUACACAAACAGAAUUUAAUGAAAAAAUUGAUUCAUCAACGAAAUUAAUUGAUCAAUCUGUAAAUACUUUAUCAAUUAUUUCCAAAAUAAAAGGUAAUUAUUACAAUGAAAAAGAUACUGAACUAGUAAAUACCUCAUCAUCAUCAUCAUCAUCGAUUACUAAUAAAACAACAGUAAUAGAUUCAAGUUCCUCAAGUACUCAAUUAGAUUUAAAUAAUGAAACAAAUAGAAAAACAACACGAAUGAAAAUUAAUUCAAACCAAAUUCUGAAUUCUGAAUUCAAUGAUUAUCCGUCUAAAACACAAUCAAAAAACUGUCGUAUUUAUAUUCGAUCAAUUGUACGACAUAUGUUAAAUGAUGAGAUAUCCGAUGAUGAACAAUGUUGA